AUGGCACCAUCAGGAAGAAAAUCCACAGGGAAAAUAGCCAAACGAACACAGGAAAGUGCAGCUGUACAUGUCUAUAAAUUUGAAGAUGACCUAAAAAAACAUCUGAGUGGUUCUGACGAUGACAUUAGAGAAGAUGAAGCUCCAGUGAUUGAUAAACAUGGGAAGAAAAGACCAGUAACUCCUCAUGAGGGAGUUGAGGAUGAAGUUGGGGGAGAAGUGCAGAAUAUGCUGGAACGAUUUGGAGCGGAUAUUAACAAAGCUCUUCUGGCUAAAAGAAAAAGAUUAGAAAUGUAUACAAAGGCUUCCCUUAAAACAAGCAACCAGAAAAUAGAAUUUGUUUGGAAAACGCAACAGGAGCAAAGGCAAAAGGUUAACCAGGAGUACUCUCAGCAGUUCCUACAUGUAUUUCAACAAUGGGAUGCUGAUAUACAGAAAGCAGAGGAACAGGAAGAAAAGCUAGUGAAUGUAUUUCGACAACAACAGAAAGCUUUCCAGCAAGCAAGAAUAGUUCAAAGUCAAAGGCUGAAAACAAUUAAGCAGUUGUAUGAGCAGUUUAUAAAGAGUAUGGAAGACAUGGAAAAGACUCAUGAAAGUCUUUUAGCAGGGGCACAAAGUGAACUUCGCAAAGAAAUGUCCAUGUGGCAAAAGAAAAUCAUGAUGGACACAGUAAGUAUUAAUAGUGAUUUAUGAAAACUUCAACAACUUAAAUAGAAAAAGUAAACAUUGUUUAUAAUUCACCAGCUAAGAGAACUGAUACAAAAUGUUGCAUUUGAUCAAUAUAUUUUUCUUUCUCAUAACAGCAACAGCAAGAGAUGGCAACUGUUCGCAAAUCUCUUCAGUCCAUGUUAUACUGAUGGUUCAAUGGAGAAACAACUUGUACCUAAAUAAUAUGAUACAAUUAUACACAUUAGCCAUUGUGAGAAGAAAAAAGAGACUGUUUCACAUUCCAUGUUAAAAAUUACAUGUGUCUGAAUACUUCAUUGUUACAAAAGAAAUCAACAAAUAAUAACAAUUACUGUUUUUUUCAUUUUUCACAAUAUAAUUCUUUUAUCUUAACAUACUUUUUUUCCUUCAUUUUCAAAUUACAAAUGUAAAUGUAUGGGUUAUGAUAGUAUUUGUAAACUUCAAAAUAUCUCUACUGUAGACUUAUCCCUAGUUAGGCACAGUGGUUACAAAAGUCCAUUAGCUGAAUUGGAAAUUCAAGUCAAAAUGAAAAAGUCCUAAAAGCUGGGGGUGGGGGAAAAUCAGUCACACAUUAGAAGUAAAGUGCUUUAACAUAAGAAUUGAACAAUCUUUACAAAUUCCUUACUAUCUUAUCUUAUUACAUUGUAUGUUUUCCCGAUUUAGUAUUGUAAUAAUUUAAAGGUAUUAAUAUACUAAUGUAUUAUUUGAAGGAAAAGUUAUGGGCUAAUAAAUUGAUACAUCAAACCUAGUGCUGUGAAAAUAUUGGUUUAUGUAAUUUAAUAAAAAACAAGUACCAUUGGAGUGAUUAUUGAAUAGAAAGUAAGAAAGCAUUAAAUUUGAAAUGAAAUGUUUCUUACCAUCCAUUGAAAUACUACAAGACAGAUUCACUGAGGUUGCGAAUCAAAAUUUGAAGAGGUAAUUUACAUUUUCAUAGUUCAAAAACAUUGAAACAUUACAAAUGCAGUAUUUACACAGUUAUGGAAUGGUUAAAGCAAUUUAGAAUUGUGUUUGACUUACAUCUGAUCUUUUUUUUAAAAUAUCAAUUAUAUUGCUUUCAUUUUUCUCCAAAAUUUGCUUGAAAUGUUUGAUUAUAUUUAAAUAUCAAGGUUUGGCACUUACUAAUUAUCAUGAUGCCAUUGCAUUAAGUACUGGUUUUCUAUAUAGAAUUCACCAUGGUUGCAUAAUGGCAAUUUUUCAACUGAAUCUGCAAAUGUAAUUUUUAUAUAAUAGCUUAUGAAACUUUUUAUUUAAGCUUCAUUUAAAAGUCAAGGUAAUAGAUUAUUCUUAUAAUUCUGUUGGGUUUUCUAAUUUCUAGAGAGAUAUAAUAAUUAGUGAUGCAGAUUGGAAUGUUUUUACUUCAUAUGUAGGGAAGUGGCCGCUUGGGAUUGAUUCUCUUAUGAAAGUGUUCAGUAGAAACCCUACAACUGUUUUUAUUAUAGUAUCAAAACUAAGAUGAAACACAUUUUCUGAAAUCAAGCAUAAUUUCUGUUAAAUGUGCUUAGAUGGCUUCUACAUUAUAUUUGUUUUCCAUAACCUAAGAAUAAUUUUUGAAAGAUAAAUUAAUAAAUUAACAAACCUCAGGGUUGCAUGAAAAAUAAACUAUCAUUUAACAACACAAGGAAAAGAACUAGUUGUAAGUUUUUCUAGAGACUUAAACGUUCAAAAGGAAGAACAUGUAUUGCUGGCUAUGCAAAAUAAUAUUUAAAAAUGUUAAUGUAUAAUAUUAAAAAUGCAGGUAUAUAAUCCCAAUGUAUUUGUAACACAUUUGUGUAAAUGAAAAUAGAUUUUUUGUUGUUUUAAAUGUAAUGGACCAGAUUAUUUUAUGCUCAAAAAAGCUUCACAUUUAAAAAAAGAUGGGUUUCAUUCUAAUAUGCAGGACUCGUUGCAGUUGUUACUCUUCCCACACCACUAGCAAAUUUUCUUUUUUUAUAAACAGCUGUCUGGGAAGUUACAAUUUGCAAAUAGCAAACUAGGCAUCUAAUCCCAUAUUUUCAUUCAAUGAAAAGCAAAUAGAGGUAAUCCUCGGGUUAUGACCAUUCAUUCAGCAAUCAUUCAAAGUUGCAAUGGCACUGAACAAAUGGUACUUAAGAUUGCUCCUUAUAUUUCUGUCCAUUGCAGCAUCUUUGAUUAUAUGAUAAUGUUUUUUGAUGUU